AUGACUGCCGUGGUAUCUCCUCCUAGUGUGCAAUCGGGCUCUCGCUUGGGAUGGUAUAGCACUGGUAACGGAGGACAAGGAGCUCUGUCUUCAGUGGACGACGAAGUAUCCCGGAUGUUUAUGCAACGGAAGCCGGUUCAGCGCUCAAAUUCCUCAUCCUCCCUGGGGUCAACAACCUCUACAACCACAGUGACGACAAUUCAAGAACCUAAUGCUGGGCAAGGUUCCACCAACGACGGUACUUGGUCAUCGAAAAAGAAAACCGCCAGGAAUCCUUGGCCCAGCUCCAAGUCAGAACCGGUGGCAGGUGUAACCAACACACGAUCUCAGGCAGUCCCUGCAUUUCUACCGGGGCCAUCUGCAUCAUCUACAAUGUCGGCCAUUCACCAACCACAAUCUAUUGUCCCUUCUCAGCACAUGAUCCAGUCCUCACAACAGAAUGGUAUCCGACAGCAGCCCAACGGGCAAUCCGCGGAGCCACCAGCUAUUCUGGGAUUGGCUCCAAUGAAUGGCACAUUCGAAAAGAAGCAAAUCAAUGUCCCCUUUUACCCCGAUGUUCUUCGAAUUGGCCGUCAGACCAAUGCCAAGACUGUACCGACCCCAGUCAAUGGAUUCUUCGACUCCAAGGUUCUUUCUCGGCAACACGCGGAGAUCUGGGCAGAUAAAACGGGAAAGAUCUGGAUUCGGGAUGUGAAGUCAUCCAACGGUACUUUUGUGAAUGGUCACCGGUUGUCUCAGGAGAACCGGGAAUCAGAGCCGCACGAGCUGCGUGAGAAUGAUACGUUGGAGUUGGGAAUUGAUAUUGUGAGCGAGGACCAGAACAGCAUUGUUCACCACAAGGUCUCGGCUAAAGUCGAGCACGCUGGUUUAUAUGGAUCCGCACCUAAUAUUCUGGACCUUAACUUUGGAGACUUGGACCCUGCUUCGGGUGGUGGCCUUCUACCAUCCCCAUUAAGCCAACCACUCUCACACCUGCGAGGAAGAUCCGGCAGUAAUGCGAGCAGUCGCAGUGCUCAGAGUGCUGCUAGCACCCAGAUGAAUGCUAUGCAUCAGCAAAGGCAGAUGAAUUACUGGAACUCGCCUAUCUCGGUUGAACAGGUUGUCAAAAGACUUACUGGCGAAUUGAAACAAGCCAAACAACAGUCCAUGGACCUUCGUCAGACUGAUGAGUUUCUGACAGCUAUAAUGAAGCCAGGCUAUGUCGAGAAGGAAAAGGCCAGCAAGCCAUCUUCCUUUGAAAGCAAUGGGCCUCGCCAAUUAAACGGCCGUCCCAAAAUGCCUCGUGUCGACUCUUUCUCCCGAUUCUCAGACCCUCCCGCUCCUCCCCCCCAACAGCCACUCCCCGAGAAACCGGACGCCCAACCGCGGAGCGCGUCAGAUGCCUUCUCGCCUUUGAAGCGCAGCGAUACAGAAAAAUCGAAACCUAUUACAAGCUCCCCUGUCUCGCGGGACUCUAGCCAGAUUUUGAACCUCAUUGAGGCACUCUCAUCUGCUAAGCGAGAAAUUGAUACCCAAGGUGCCCGUGUCAAGGAACUCGAAACUCUUGUUCUCCAAGAAAGAGCUGCACGUGAGUCAGCGGAAGAAAAGGUCAAGAACUUGGAGAUGCACAUCACACCGCAGACCAACGGAGUUGUAUUAUCUGAGGAUAUUACUGUGGAACCAGAGAUCAAUGAUGUACACGAUGAUUCUGAAGGUGCUCAAAAAACCAAUGGAUCAGUCUUGCAAUCUGAGGCUCUUGCUAUUUCUGAUGCUGAUUUGCCAGAGCCUUCUGCUACGGUGGACACCACACAGCUUGAGCAUCGGCUGGAAACGAUGAUGCAAGAAAUGGAAGAGAUGAGGAAGCAGAUGGCCUCUUUCAAGGACCGUGCAGAGAGGGCUGAAGAGGAGAAUGUCGAGUCCCGCGUAUCUUUAGCAGAGAUGAUUGAAACUCUCCGCCGGGAACGUGCCGAGAAUGUUCAGAAGGCUCUUGCUACGACCACUGGUUCUAAGUCAGAGCCUCAAAAUCAUGAAGAACCAAAGACCACUGCUGGCCAGGCGCACCCGAUUGUGAAUGGUGCAGUUGGGCCUGAUAAAAAGGGUAGCCCUUCUGUGCAGUCUGUCGAUCCAGCUCCUGCAAGCAGCAAAGAGAGGGACGUUGCAGCCACUGCUAUGGCAACAGAGUGGCGCCGGCAACAACUUUUGCAUGAUGCAAGUCCCUAUGCGUCCAUGUUUGGUGUCGUCCUUCUGGGAGUUGGCAUCAUGGCCUAUCUUAAUGGGUGGCAAAAGCUGGACAAAUAA